GAAAUUUGGAAUCUGUGAUGCAUGGAGCCCUAGGAGCAAACUAGCGCUGGUGCACUUCAACAGGAAAACUUCAUUUGUCAUCCCGACAACAAAGGCACUGACCAAUCCUUCCAUCUUAAAGAAGACCCCCAAGAAGAACAUUCUCUGUUGAAGGUUCUCCAUUUGAAAGGGACACAGAACAAGAGCACUUAUCUUAACAGUCAUGGAGGCCACUGGUAACAGCCAGGAGGAGGUAACUACCUCCAGAAAUGAAACAGCAGCAGACAAAACCUCUCUGCUACACAGCGCUGUCCAGAACUGUUCAAUAGAGACAGUCCGGCAGCUGUUGGAGGAAGGUGCAAAUGUCAAUGCCCAAGUGGCAGGUGGUUGGACACCUCUGCACAGUGCGGUACAGGCAGACAAGGAGGAGAUUGUUAUGCUUCUGCUUGAGCAUGGUGCUGAUCCGCUUGCUAAGAAGAAAAACGGUGCCACUCCCUUUAUUGUAGCAGGGAUAGUGGGAAAUAAGAAUCUUUUGCAGCUCUUCCUUUCGAAGGGGUCAGAGAUCAAUGAGUGUGACGACAAUGGUUUCACGGCCUUUAUGGAGGCUGCUUGGUAUGGGAACGAGGAGGCCUUAAAAUUCUUGCACAGAGAGGGGGCAGAUGUGAAUCAGAAGAGGAUGGUUAAUGAGGAGAAAAUGGUGCUGAAUAAAGGAGGCGGAACAGCCCUGAUGGAUGCUGCCAGAGAGGGCCACUACUCAGCUGUAAAAAUUCUUGUUGAUGAGAUGAAGGCUGACAUGGACAUCUGUGACAACAAUGACAGGAACGCUUUAGUCCACGCCUUCCUCCGAAGGGAUAGCAAGGAAAGGGAGUCAAUUGCCUCGAUUGCUCUCUUCCUGCUGGAUCGUGGUGUUGAUGUGAACAGAAGAGACGAACAUGGGAAAACGACCCUCAUCCUGGCAGUCGAGAUACAGAGUCUGGAUUUGGUGAAAGCUUUACUGGAGAAGAAUGAAGUUGACAUCAAUGAUGCUGACAGAGAAGGCAACACUGCACUGAUGAUAGCAGUGGAGAAAAACUAUUAUGAAAUAGCAAAGCUACUCUGUGAGAAGGGAGCAAGAACUGACCAUGGGGACCUUAUUCAGCUUGCCAGUCGGAAGUACAAUAAGAAAAUGGCAGAUCUUCUUCGCCAAUAUGGUGCCAAGGCCUGUCCAAGUCAACCUCAAGAUUGGGAACCCACCAGCAAACGCUGGGGAGGACAGCUGAAGGAGUUCUACAACAGGUAUCAUCCUGUGAUUGGAAAACUUAAGAUCCUCACACAUAACGAUUUCAGGAUUCACAGAACCUCCCAAGGGGGUAUCUACCUGGGAUUUUAUGAUGGGAAAGAGGUGGCUGUGAAGAUAUUCAAGAUUGGCACAGAAAUUGCUAACCAAGAAAAAACGUGCCUUGAAGAAUGUCGGACCCACAACCAUUUUGUAAAUCUCCUUGGGGUCGAGGAAAAGAAAUCCUGCCUGUAUCUGUGCCUCUCUCUCUGUGAAAAGAACCUUGAAGAACACCUGAGUGCACCAGAUAAUGAAGUGGAUUGCAAGGAUGUCCUUAAGACAGUCUUUGAGGCAGUUCAAAAACUACACGAGCUUGGAUUUGGCCACCAGGAUCUACAUCCACGCAACAUUUUGAUAGAUGCUGCUGGUAAAGUUCGCUUAGCAGAUUUUGAUAAGAGCAAAAGAUUGAGUGACGGACAGGAGGAAAUUAUAAUCAAAGACCUGAAGGGGCUCAGAAGGCUGGUCCUGUAUGUUGUAACGAUGGGAAAGGUCCCCUUUGAGGACGAGGAUAGACCGGAUUUGACUUUGAGUUGUCCGGAGGGAGUACAGGACUAUGUGGAGACUGUAGACCUUAUGGAAAGUCUGAUUUCCCCUGAUGAAGGGAGCCCGGUUGAAAACCUGCUGAGAGAUUUGAUCCAACAUCCCUUUUUCUGGAGCAAGCAGAUCAGGUACCGGUUCCUGAGAGACGUUGGGAACGAGGAGGAUUUCAAACCAACCAAGAAUCGUAACAACAACAGUGAGAUUCUGAAAGCUUUGAAUUGUGAUCAGCCGCACCGUCUCCAGCAGUGGACUGAUCAGAUUGACGAGUUGGUUCUGGACAGCAUGCUCAACCCUAACAACAACAAUAAGAAGAACCAGAACAAGAACAAGAACAAGACGAAGAAACGGUAUGAAAACAGUGUCACGGACCUACUGAGGUUCAUCAGGAACAUGGGCGAACACUUUGCUGAGAAGGAUGACACGGUCAAGGAAAUAAUCAAGGAGCCCUCGGAGUAUUUCCUGAGCCGGUUUCCAGAACUGACAGUUUAUGUCUACAAGGCCUUACGCAGCAUAAAUGAUUACAGACAUUUUCCAAGUCCUCAGAGUCUUUCUCAGCUGUAGCAUGUUUUAUCACUUCAGGUUGUAUGGCUGAAUCUCACUGGCUUGCUUUCUUUUCAGCACCAUUUUGUUCAGCUGCCAAAAGGUGUCAUACAUAGUGGGGCAGAGGAUAUCAGAAUUUCACUCAGCACUAAAGUACUCAGCAGUAAAGACGCUGUGUUCGGGGGAGGUAGUGGAGGACAAAUUCAUUGAGAAAAGGAAGAACCGAGUGCUAGAAGGAAAGUGUAAUCUGUUGGAAUGAGCAGAGGGUUGAGAAUUAGGCAGUCCUAGUUCUAAUCAUGGCUCUGUCACUGACUCACUAUGUGGCAUUGGGAAAGUCACCUUCCCUGCCCAUUUCUCUUUCUGUAAAAUGGGCGUUUGUGAGGGACUACACACCACUAUUUAUACAGUAUUGUACAAAGCAGGCCUUGUGAGGUAUCCUUUGAAAACUCCUAACUUGCUGUCAGUAAUAUCCUGGUAAAAGGUACGUAGCACUGUUGUAUGUAAAGUUAUAAACAUAAGUUGAAAUUGUGACUGAACUGCAUUUUCCAGAUAAGUCUAGGGAGUGGUUAAACCAGUCUCUCAAAGGCAAAGGCCAAGCUGAUGUCCCAACCAAAUGUCAACAAAGUUGAGGGGCCUUAUUGACUGCAUAGAGGUCCACUGAAUACUUGAGAGAGAGUGUGUGUGUGUCUGUCCAUCUGUCUGUGAGUCCAUUUGUUUAAGAUCUCUUCCUAAACGGUAAGAGUUAGGAUCACCAAAUUUGGUAGGCAGCUUCCUCUUAUCAUAACUUAAAGCAAGGUCAGUGUUUAGUUGAGCCAGGACACAAGGAUGUGCCUGGAAUGUGAUUGUUUCUCAUAAAACAUAAAGAGAGGGGUCUUCUAGGAGGUAUAGUUGUACUGUAUAAUGACCACAAGGGAGCAGAAAUGGGAACUGGGACACUUACUAUGCUACUGGGGCAGCAGGGGGCUGCAAUAGAGAAAGGGACAGAUAUCUACUAUAUAUUUGAGAGAGUUUGUGUGUAUGUCCGUAUACCUGUCUUUCCCUCCCCCGGUGCAUGUCCCCCAGCUGGAGGACAGACAUAUACACAGACAGACCUGGUCCAAAGCUACUGCGGUAAGAGAGGGCUGGGGUUGUCUUCUCUCCCCGGGGCAGGCUGCAUAUUGAACCCAUCAUCCUCUGCCCCCCCCUUCCAGAAUAAUGGCUUAAAUAAAGAAAAACAGAUAUUAUUUUAGUUGAGGAUCCGAACAACACCAGAUAAAUACUCUAGUAAAUUAUGUGAGAAUAAGCAUAGGAAAAAGAAUCAGAAAUAGUUACAAUAAAGUCAAAACGCGUUCUAAUGAUAAACUUAAACUGUAAAAAAUGCUUUACAAAGAGGGACUAAAACGGCAAAAAGGAGGGGCAAACACCCCAAGCGACCCCCACCCCUCUCUCUCUCUCUCUCUGCCUGCCCACAUCAUUCUCUGCACCCGAGGAGACAAAGGAAACAGCCGUUGGGCUCUGAAAGAGGGGUGCUGUCCUGGAGGUUGAUGAGUAAUGCUUCUGGACGCAUGUGGUGAGUGGCUUGGAUCUAAAUAGAAUUUGUUAAUUUUAGCAUUAGAAAGUGUUUGGUCUGUGCCUUGUAGCCAUUUCUGACUGCAUUGCCUUACUCCUCCUGCACCUCACCUCACUGCUACAAAACAGAUAUGUGUCAGGAAGGUGUGGCUCCAUUUUGCAUGAUCAAUGCCUGUGACUACCCAAGUACACCUUUGCCCUCUUACUUGGGGAGUCCUGUACACUGCUUUGCUGCUGUAGCCUGCAGUCUGGACUGCGCACAAACAGCCUCCAGCAUGUGAGUUAUUCCCAGGUAUGUCUACAGCCACACCUUUGUUCUUAUCAGCCUGGGGUGCAGUACAAGGACACCCCGGCUUACUCCUUGUCUUAGCUCCCCUCCCCCCAUCCAGAAAUAUAUAUUGUAUACCAUACUUCCCAGCCCUCUCAUGGACAAUACAAGUAUGUUGAGUCCAUUAUUUCUUUAAGAUAACAAUAUGCUAGUUUGUUCUUUCAGAUAGCUCAUCUGAGAUUUCAGUGUAGACACAGUGGGUAAUACAAAUCAGUAAAAGAAGUGUAUUAACUACAGAGAGGUCGCUCUUAAGUGAAUGCAGUUCAUGAGAGAUAAAAGUCAGAGAUGAUUACUAGAAAAAUAAAGCUCAAGUGCAAUUAGUGCCUAACUUAACAAGCUGUAUUAUAUUCAAAGCAAGAUUUUUUUCUCACCAUGCUCUCUCGGUAGUUUUACUGACCAAACUUCUUAGGGCCUCCCAGUUUCAUGGCUACUUCCUCUGUCCAUUCUGGUGGAGUUAAUUGACGGACGGGGCAGGGGGAACAGGUCCCUUGGAGCAUUUAAUCCUCCUUUUUAUUGUGUGAGUCCCCCUGGAGGAAAACAUUUCCAGUUGGGAUUCAGUUGACAGUGUCUUUAUGCAAGGAGAUUCCUGGCUGGUUUUCCCACCAGUUUGAACUCCUUCUGUCUCCCUCCUUGUUUGGUGAUUCUCUUUACCGCUUAUAUUAAGGAUGUUAAGGGCUAGUCGACUAGUCCAUUUCCCUUCCCCCCCGCCCCUUGCUGCGUCUA